GGUGAAGAUGGCGAACCUCCGAGAGCAGAUGGGCAUCGUUUCUCAGGAGCCGGUGCUGUUUGACCGGACCAUAGCGGAGAACAUCGCGUACGGCGACAACUCCAGGGAGGUUCCCAUGGCGGAGAUUAUCGCUGCAGCCAAGAAUUCCAACAUACACAACUUCAUCGCCUCCCUGCCGCAGGGCAACGACACGCGAAUGGGUGAGAAGGGCACGCAGCUGUCUGGAGGGCAGAAGCAGCGCGUGGCCAUCGCGAGGGCGCUCGUCCGGAACCCGAAGACUCUGCUCGACGAGGCCACAUCUGCACUCGACGUUGAGAGCGAGAAGGUGGUGCAAGAAGCGCUGGACAAGGCGAAGGAAGGACGCACGUGCAUCACCAUCGCUCACCGACUGAUGACCAUCCAGGACGCUGACGUUAUUUGUGUCAUCAACGAAGGCCGCGUGGCUGAGCUCGGGAAACACGCAGAGCUGUUGGAGCGACGGGGCAUCUACCACAAGCUGCACAGCCUGCAGGCGGGCCGCCGGUAGCACAUUACGUCCUCCUUCCCUCUGUCUUCGUCGUCUCUAAUAAUUUAUUUUUCUACUUCUCUACUGAGAUCCCAUCUCCCGAAGACGGUAGCUUGGCAAACUGGACCAUACUCCAAUUGCUGAAGAAUUCUGCUCGCAGAGAAAUGCAUUUCAUUCUUACAAAACGAUUAUUUCCAAAUCGUCUGAUCUAUACUGAUAGCUGGAAAGAAGUGUGAUGUUGUGUCUUCUACUACGUUAUUAUAUAUAUUGUGCAGUGUAAUGUGAGUGCUUUGGAGACUCAACACAUUUAACAUUCUUGUACAUGCCGAUGGAACCUGGUAUAAUUUUUAUUGUACUGAAACUAGUUUCGACAACAUUGGUUGACAACAUCUGUCAGACCUUAGAAUUAUAAAAUAGUCUGUAUCACGCGUCCACAAUUUCAUAAUUUAUUACAUGCGUACUCAGUGCCGUGAAAGUAAGUGCUUCUGUAACUAGUUUCGACAAUACAUAAUCAUUUGUCGCACCUCAGAAUCUGUACCAUGUGUCCAUAAUUUUAAAAUGAGUUACAUACGUACUUAGUGCUCUGAAAGUACGUAGGUCUGUGACAGACAAUGUCAUGGCAUACCACAGUCCACUCAGUUUCACAGCACAGGGUGUGUAGUUAUACAUCACGUUUUAAAAUUAUUUACCUGUGGCAUACAUCAUUUUAAAUUUCUCAAGUCUGUUAUAUAAUGGUACGUUAUGGAAACUCAUUUCAGAACAACAAAGAUUUUAGCAGCUUGUGGUGGUACACACAAAAAUGUCUUUCAUAAAAGCCGUGCAGCACAAUAUAAAGAACACUUAUUUAACGUAUACAUUGUUACGAUGGAACAUUAGGGUGUGUCCUCUCACUUCGACAUUAUUUCUUAACUAAUGAUAUGAACUCGGUUUCUGAAUAAAUCUCAUCUUGCGCUGUUUUUC